CCUAGUCAAACAAAUUCCUUUCUUCCUUGUGCUUUCUCAUUUCUUGUUGCCGCAGAAAGAAAGUUUCAUGCUUUGUUUUGAAGGGUAGCUAAUUAUUUCCGAAAAUCAUGAAGCAAAAAGAUGAAAAAAAUCAGCCCCAACCUGAUAAAGGUUUCAAGAUUGUCCCUGCAACAUUACUGGUUUUCGCGUUGUGUGGAUUAUCUUUCUAUCUUGGUGGAAUCUUCUAUUCCGAGAAGAAAAUAUUCGAAGGGAAGAUAGUGGUCCAAGAGCUUUCCGAGGUUGUUUCUUCUCCGAAAGAAUCUGCAGUGCAACCCCUUCAAAUCAAAUCCAUUUCCUUCCCUGAAUGCAGCAUUGAAUAUCAGGACUACACUCCAUGCACCGAUCCCAAGAGGUGGAAGAAGUACGGUUACCGUCGGCUUACCUUCUUGGAACGCCACUGCCCUCCGCGGUCUGAGAGGAAGGAAUGUUUGAUUCCACCUCCUGAUGGAUACAAACCACCAAUCAGAUGGCCAAAGAGUCGGGAUCAAUGUUGGUACAGAAACGUCCCAUAUGAUUGGAUCAACAAGCAGAAGUCUAAUCAAAAUUGGCUGAAGAAACAAGGGGACAAGUUCCUUUUUCCUGGUGGUGGUACUAUGUUCCCGAAAGGAGUGGGUGCAUACGUAAACUUGAUGCAAGAUCUUAUCCCUGAAAUGAGAGAUGGCACAGUUCGAACUGCAAUUGAUACCGGUUGUGGGGUUGCAAGUUGGGGAGGUGAUCUAUUAGACCGCGGGAUUCUGACGAUUUCUCUGGCUCCUAGAGAUAAUCAUGAAGCUCAGGUCCAGUUCGCAUUAGAACGCGGGAUACCUGCAAUCCUUGGUGUCAUUUCUACACAGCGCCUUCCUUUCCCUUCAAGCUCAUUUGAUAUGGCUCAUUGCUCAAGAUGUCUUAUCCCAUGGAUUGAAUUUGGUGGAAUUUAUCUCCUUGAAGUUCACCGCAUACUCCGCCCCGGUGGUUUCUGGGUCUUGUCUGGUCCUCCCAUAAACUAUGAACACCGCUAUCAAGGAUGGAAUACAACCGAGAAAGAGCAGAGAGAAGUUUACGAGAAGUUGCAGGACCUAUUGUCUUCAAUGUGCUUUACAGUCUAUGCCAAACAGAAUGAUAUUGCUGUGUGGCAGAAAUCUUCAGACAGUAGCUGCUAUGAGAAGCUCGCUAGCCCGGAUCUCGAUAUUCCCAAGUGCGAUGACAGUAUCGAACCAGAUUCAGCUUGGUACACUCCGCUACGCCCAUGUGUUGUAGCUCCGAGACCAAAGUUCAAGAGAACAUCCUUGUACUCCCUGCCAAAGUGGCCAGAGAGAUUGAAAGUUACGCCGGAGCGCAUUUCAGAUGUUCCUGGUGGGAGUAGCACUGCUUUAAAUCAUGAUGCCAGCAAGUGGAAAGUGCGGGCCAAGCACUACAAAAAGUUACUCCCUGCACUUGGGAGUGAUCAGAUAAGAAAUGUUAUGGACAUGAAUACAGAUUUAGGGGGCUUAGCUGCAGCUCUCAUCAAUGAUUCCUUAUGGGUUAUGAAUGUUGUCUCUUCCUAUGCUGCGGACACACUACCCGUGAUCUUCGACCGAGGCCUCAUCGGCACAUAUCAUGAUUGGUGUGAAGCAUUUUCAACAUAUCCUCGGACAUAUGAUCUUCUACACGUCGAUGGCCUCUUCACUGCUGAGAGCCACAGGUGUGAAAUGAAGUACAUGCUGCUGGAAAUGGACCGAAUUCUUCGUCCGGAGGGUUACGCACUAAUACGGGAAUCCAGCUACUUUAUUGAUGCUAUCGGUGCCAUCGCGGAGGCAGUGAGGUGGAACUGCCGUAAAGAAGAUACCGAAAAAGGUGGGGAGAAGGAGAAGAUAUUAGUAUGCGAGAAAACACUGUGGUAUUCCUCUAACAACAACAGUACACAACAGUGAUCCAAAAAUUCAAUGUGACAAGUCUCCUUGUCAGGUUUAAUUGUA